CCGCGGCGCCUGGGGCCGGCCGGAGUCGUGUCCCCCCGGGCAGUGCCUGGUCUCCUUCCGGCUGCGCGUGGAGGCGCCGCGCGGGCUCUGGGACGACACGGCCGCCAACGCCAUGGCCGCCAUCUGCUCGGGGGGCUCCAUCCUGGAGGGUCCCGGGGGUCCCCAGGGCACCUGGGGCAACUGGAGCUUGCCCUGCCCGCCCGGGGCGGGGGUCUGCGGCCUGCGCACCCGCCUGGAGCCCCCCCAGCGCGGCGGCGACGACACCGGCCUCAACGACGUCGAGCUCUACUGCUGCAGCUGAGGGGCCGCCGGGACCACCGGGG